AUGAGCAGCUCGCGGAACAACCGGGUGAUGGUGGAGGGAGUCGGGGCCCGGGUGGUCCGAGGCCCGGACUGGAAGUGGGGGAAGCAGGAUGGCGGCGAGGGCCAUGUGGGCACCGUCCGCAGCUUCGAGAGCCCCGAGGAAGUGGUCGUGGUGUGGGACAAUGGCACCGCCGCCAACUACCGCUGCUCCGGGGCCUACGACCUCCGCAUCCUCGACAGCGCGCCCACCGGGAUCAAGCACGACGGCACCAUGUGUGACACCUGUCGCCAGCAGCCCAUCAUCGGCAUCCGCUGGAAGUGUGCGGAGUGCACCAACUAUGACCUGUGCACCGUCUGCUACCACGGGGACAAGCACCACCUGAGGCACCGCUUCUACAGAAUCACCACGCCAGGAAGCGAAAGGGUGUUGUUGGAGUCUCGCCGUAAAUCAAAGAAAAUUACAGCAAGAGGAAUCUUUGCAGGUGCCAGGGUGGUGCGAGGAGUUGACUGGCAGUGGGAAGAUCAAGAUGGUGGCAAUGGGCGUAGAGGAAAGGUGACUGAGAUCCAGGACUGGAGUGCCUCGAGCCCACACAGCGCAGCAUAUGUUCUCUGGGACAAUGGUGCUAAAAACCUCUACAGAGUUGGCUUCGAGGGCAUGUCCGACCUGAAAUGUGUCCAAGAUGCAAAGGGAGGCUCGUUCUACAGGGACCAUUGUCCAGUGUUAGGUGAGCAGAACGGGAACAGGAACCCUGGUGGGCUGCAGAUAGGUGACCUGGUGAACAUUGACCUGGACCUGGAGAUCGUGCAGUCCCUGCAGCACGGGCACGGCGGCUGGACCGACGGCAUGUUCGAGACGCUGACCACCACGGGAACGGUCUGUGGCAUCGAUGAGGACCACGACAUUGUGGUGCAGUACCCGAGUGGCAACAGGUGGACCUUUAAUCCAGCUGUGCUCACCAAGGCCAACGUCGUGCGAAGCGGGGAUGCUGCCCAGGGGGCAGAGGGAGGCACCUCUCAGUUCCAAGUGGGGGACCUUGUGCAGGUGUGCUACGACUUGGAGCGCAUCAAGCUGCUGCAGAGGGGGCAUGGAGAGUGGGCUGAAGCCAUGCUGCCGACUUUAGGUAAAGUUGGUCGAGUCCAGCAAAUCUAUUCAGACAGUGACUUAAAGGUAGAGGUUUGUGGAACAUCUUGGACAUACAAUCCAGCAGCUGUCUCAAAGGUGGCAUCAGCAGGAUCUGCUAUCAGUAAUGCAUCUGGUGAGAGAUUGUCCCAGCUAUUGAAGAAGUUAUUUGAAACCCAGGAAUCUGGAGAUCUCAAUGAAGAACUGGUUAAAGCUGCUGCCAAUGGAGAUGUUGCUAAAGUGGAAGACCUGCUAAAGAGACCAGAUGUGGAUGUGAAUGGGCAGUGUGCUGGCCACACAGCAAUGCAGGCAGCCAGUCAGAACGGCCACGUCGACAUCCUGAAGUUGCUCCUGAAGCAGAACGUGGAUGUGGAGGCAGAGGACAAAGAUGGGGACAGGGCCGUGCACCACGCAGCCUUCGGUGACGAGGGGGCUGUGAUCGAGGUGCUGCACCGCGGCAGCGCCGACCUCAACGCCCGCAACAAGCGCCGGCAGACACCGCUGCACAUCGCCGUCAACAAGGGGCAUCUGCAGGUGGUGAAGACUCUGCUGGACUUUGGAUGCCAUCCCAGUCUCCAGGAUUCUGAAGGGGACACUCCGCUCCAUGAUGCCAUAAGUAAAAAGCGUGAUGACAUCCUGGCUGUGUUGCUGGAAGCUGGAGCAGAUGUUACCAUUACCAACAACAAUGGCUUUAAUGCUCUUCACCAUGCUGCACUGAGGGGAAACCCAAGUGCCAUGCGUGUGCUGUUGUCCAAGUUACCACGACCCUGGAUUGUGGAUGAGAAAAAAGAUGAUGGUUACACUGCCUUGCACUUGGCAGCUCUUAAUAAUCAUGUGGAAGUGGCUGAACUUCUGGUACAUCAGGGCAAUGCCAACCUGGACAUCCAGAACGUCAACCAGCAGACUGCUCUGCACCUCGCUGUCGAGCGCCAGCACACCCAGAUUGUCAGGCUGCUAGUCCGUGCAGGUGCCAAACUGGACAUUCAGGAUAAGGAUGGAGACACUCCCCUUCAUGAAGCCCUCAGGCACCACACCCUCUCACAGCUCCGCCAGCUCCAAGACAUGCAAGAUGUGGGCAAGGUAGAUACUACUUGGGAGCCAUCAAAGAACACACUCAUAAUGGGCCUGGGCACGCAGGGAGCAGAGAAGAAGAGCGCAGCCUCCAUCGCCUGCUUCCUGGCGGCCAACGGAGCCGACCUCAGCAUUCGCAAUAAGAAGGGGCAGUCCCCCCUGGACCUCUGCCCUGAUCCCAGUCUCUGCAAAGCACUGGCCAAGUGUCACAAAGAAAAAGUCAGUGGGCAGGUUGGUUCCCGAAGUCCAUCCAUGAUCAACAACGAUUCUGAGACCCUGGAAGAAUGCAUGGUGUGCUCAGACAUGAAGAGGGACACCCUCUUUGGCCCAUGUGGACACAUUGCCACCUGCUCUCUCUGCUCACCACGGGUCAAGAAGUGCCUCAUCUGCAAAGAACAAGUUCAGUCUAGGACAAAGAUUGAGGAGUGUGUGGUAUGCUCAGACAAGAAGGCAGCAGUGCUCUUCCAGCCUUGUGGUCACAUGUGUGCCUGUGAAAACUGUGCAAGCCUGAUGAAGAAGUGUGUGCAGUGCCGGGCGGUGGUGGAGCGCAGAGUGCCUUUCAUUAUGUGCUGCGGAGGGAAAGGUACAGAAGAUACCACUGAUGAUAUUUCAAGUGGGAACAUUCCAGUUUUGCAGAAGGACAAAGACAACACCAAUGUCAAUGCAGAUGUACAGAAGCUGCAGCAACAGUUGCAAGACAUCAAAGAACAGACCAUGUGUCCUGUCUGCCUGGACCGUCUGAAGAACAUGAUCUUCCUGUGUGGCCACGGCACCUGCCAGCUCUGCGGGGACCGCAUGAGCGAGUGCCCCAUCUGCCGCAAGGCCAUCGAGCGCAGGAUCCUCCUCUACUGAGCAGGGCCAGCCCUGCCUGCCACCACCCGAUCACACAGGGAGGGCAUUGUGGUGAUGGAAGUGAUGGCUGACACGUCUGC